AUGGAGCGUCCAGGUGCAGCAUCCAGACCGGCUCCGCACUGGACGCAUGAUCUUUCUCCGUAUCUCAAACCAAAGUCCGCUUAUCACAAUCUGCACUCCCCGCCCGAGCUUCUCAACUAUUUGGUAUUUCAUUCACCGUUUAUCGCUGGCGUGCUGGGUGAGGACUUGCAAGUUCUUUGCGUCACGAAGCUGCUUUCUCAGUUUUACUCUCUGGUGAGUAAAGACCGCGCACUGCAGGCGGAAGAUGCGAAUGCCUUCCCCGGCGUCGGCAGCAGUUUUUUCGACCUAAAUAUUCGCUUUCAAGAUCUCGCGUCACCGCUCUUGUCGCAUGCCGAGCUCUUAUCUGUAUACUUGAAAUAUCUGGAGAACAUCCCGGUAUCUGAGAAGCGGCAGGUGGAUGUAACCGUUCUCACGAGCGACGGACGAGUGGGCGAGGAAAUUUUCAAACUCGAGAUCUCGCCGAUCUGCAUCAACGACAAGCGCUACUACUAUUUCUCCCUCGAGGCCGAGAUAUCUACGCUCAUGGACGCAUACACCAGCAUACACCCGCCCCCGCCUCCACCCAGCAAGACCACAGUCCCAACAACAACAAAACCCGACAAGCAUGGCCGCGAGUGCGUGACGCUCUAUCGCGAGAUGGUAGACUCGCUUCCGUACUUUAUAUUCCUGAGCGACUCUCUCGGCAACCGGCUCUACGGCUCCAAAAAGUGGAGCGAAUUCACCGGCUGCGGCGUGCGCGAAGAUCCCCCGCUGGAGAACUACAUCAACCCCGAGGAUUUCCCGCUGUUCAAGGCGUCGCGGAAUCAGGCAUAUAAAGCCGGCAGGGGAUUUGCGCAGGAGAUAAGGGUGAUGGAUCGGGAGGGGCGGUACCGGUGGAUGAGGUAUGAGCUGGCGCCGAUGGUGAGCAAGGAGGGGAGGAUCGAGAACUGGAUCGAUACGUGUCAUGAUAUCCAGGAUUUGAAAGAGGCGUUUUUGAGCGCACACCAGUUCCGGGAACAUCUACGGUGUCUUGUUUUUAGUUCUGAUUCAUCGAUAUGGUCCAUCAACAAAGACUACAGACUCACAAUGUGCGAAGGCAUGGACAAGAUCUGUCCCGGCCGCGAGAUCCGGAUCGGCGACGACAUCCGACAGACGUGCGAGGACUUUGCAAUCGUCCGCGAGCCACUUUCGCUGAUCCUCGAGGCGCGCGCAAAACUGGCGACAAGAGAGGUCAAGCUGGGAAACCGCUGGCUCCGCACGCGGUACGUGCCCGUGUACAAGCGGUCGUCGUCGGAGAUGGACGUGUUCAUCGGCAACGAGGGAGGGUUUGAUACGAGCCAGGUUAUCGGCGUCGUCGGCGUGUCGCAGGAUAUCUCGAAUCAGAAGCUCGCGGCGCUGGCGCUGGAGGCGAGGACGAAGGAGUUGAGUAUGCUGCAGCGGAAGGAAUCUGCCGAGUCGGAAAAGUAUAAGACAAAGUCGCAGUUUAUGGCUACCAUGAGCCACGAAGUCAGAACUCCAAUCGCAGGAGUCGUGGGUCUUUCGGAGCUUCUGCUACAGACAGAUCUCACGCAAGAGCAGCGCGAGUACUCGGAAAGCAUCCUCCACUCUGCGUCCAAUCUGCUCGCUAUUGUGCGCGACGUUCUCGACAUCACAAAGAUUGAAACAGGCGUGUUGGGAAUAAAGACGGCGACGUUUGAUAUCCGGGAGCUUUUGAAUGUUCAGCUUCGCGGGUUCGAAAAGGAUGCGAGGUCGAAAUGCGUUGAGGUGGUAGAGACGAUCGACAUCGACCCUCAGAUCAAAUACCUGAUCGGCGACGAAGCCCGCGUGACACAGAUCCUCAUCAACAUCCUCCACAACGCGCUCAAGUUCACGUUACAAGGGCGCAUAGACGUGACGGUAUCCCAACUGAGCCUAACCGACCCCGUCGCCGCCGCCGCCGACAACACCGGCAAACGAAUCGUCCUGCGCUUCAGCGUGACAGACACGGGCAUCGGGAUCGACAAGGAGAACCUGAGUAACGUGUUUGUGCCAUACAAGCAAGUCGACAGCUCCGACUCGCGACAACACGACGGGUCUGGUCUUGGUCUUGCGAUUUGCAAGUCGUUGACGGAGCUCAUGGGCGGGCAGAUUGGGAUCGAGAGCGAGAUUGGGGUAGGCACGAGGGUGUACUUUGAGCUGCCGUUUAUGAUUGCGAACGCACCGCCGGCGAGGAGGCAAAGGAAGUCUGAGGCGCAGGAGGUGCAGAGCCGGGAGCAGGAGUUGCUUGAUGUGCGAUCGCGGUUCGCGACCGAGCGAGAGCUGGGAGGUCGAAGUAGUAGCAGAAGUAGCGAGAAUAGCACGCGUUCAGAACCGCAGACCCUGCUGAAAGAACGGAAGCACGUGCAGAUCCUGAUUGUCGAAGACAAUCUGAUCAAUCAAAAGAUCGUCAAGCUGUUGGUGACAAAGAUGGGCUUCUCCGCGCACACCGCGCUCAACGGGCGCGAAUGCAUCGAGUACCUAGAAAGCCACCAGGACGCGCCACCGGAUCUGAUCCUGAUGGACUGCCAGAUGCCAAUCAUAGACGGGUAUUCUGCGACCGGGAUGCUGCGGCAGCAUCCUAAUCCGGCGAUCAAGACGGUGCCCGUGAUUGCAAUGACCGCGAGCGUCAUUGUCGGGGACAGAGAAAAGUGUCUUGCGGCGGGGAUGGACGAUUACCUCGCGAAACCGCUGAAGGGACCAGAGCUAGAAGCCAUGGUCGUCAAAUGGCUUCUCGAUCGGCAGGUUUACAACGCCAGAAGGUCACUUUCGCCGCUCGCCGAGACAAGGUCGCAUCAUCCCCCUGGCGACUCGCGCAGGCCGCGACCGAGUCCGCGGACAAAGUCGGCGUCGCAGUCGUUUGUCAAGGGGUCGUAUUCAUCUGCGCAGGCGUACGGUCACGGCGACUAUCUCUCGUCGCGGACAAACUCGUUCAGUAUCAGCCCGCCUGCGUAUCUCUCGUCGUCGAUAGCGAGCGAGCAGAUGCAGCAGACGGACGAGAGCGGGUAUACAUUUGCCGCCACCGACGGCUUCGGUGCAGACUCACACGAGCAUUCUCGAUUCACUUCAACAUCCACAAACGCUGCCGCGCUCGCAGACUCAAUAAUGACGACCCUGCAAAACAUGGAAACCGCCUCGCUGACGAUCUUCGAAGACCCCCCCGACGAACUCCCCCCCCUCUCACCCACCGACGCAGAAGCCAGUUCCGAAUUCCUUUCUCCAGAAGACGCGCAGCGGCUAGGCGUCGUCAAAAGUCCGCCGGUUAGAGAAGCAAGUUUCUCAUCGACGGACUCGGCGUCGACAACGUGCCUUAGCUCGUCGUCGACGGACGGAGGGGGUGUGUCCUCGGCUGGUACGAGUGUGUCGGAUACAACGCCGCCGCUGGCGGGGUAG